AUGACAAGUGUCAUUGGUCUAUGUAGAAGCCCAUUUUGCGCGACCUUUGGUCACUUAUCAACACUAAACAGUUUCGAUUUAGCAACCAGGGUCGUGGAAUCUGCUGUCAAACGGGCCCAUAUAGAUCCCAAAUGGGUCAAAUCGGUGUUUUGGGGGCAAGUACUGCCUCAAUUGCAAAAUAUUAACUGUAUUACCAAGGGUUUGGAUGAUAUAGGUCUUAAUAAUUGUAAUGUAACAACCAUUAAUUCCCUUUGUAACAGCGGCUUGAGCUCUAUCAUUUUGGCCAAUAAAAUGACUAAUGGUGGAUUGGGUAUAACAGUGGCAGGUGGAGCAGAUUCGCUAUCUAAUGCACCUUAUUUGUUGAAAAACAAUUUUAACGCUAAUGUCAACAUAAAUGGUGAAAAAUACAAUGACGGCGUGCUGUUUAAUAGCAUUAAAAUCGAUUAUUUAAGCGAAAAGUCAUCUAAAGUUAAUAAUGGAAUGUUAAGUGAUUAUAACAUCACAAAAAGUGAUAUAGAAAAGUUUAAAGUUGCUACAUGGAAACGAACGUUGGAUUGUUUAUCAGCUAACAUUUUGGAGCAGGAAAUCACUCCAUUUAAAGUAAAACUUGCGCCCCAAAAGCACGAAAACAAAGUCUGGAUAUCGCAGACAGAACGGAUUGUUCACAGGGAUCAACUACUAAGUGACAUCCCUGAAUUUCACAAAAACAAUGAAAAUACAGCGCUGUUGGUUGAUGGGGCUUGUGCAAUUGUCCUAGCUUCUUCUGAUGUUGUUAAAAAGCAUAAGCUGGGAGAGAUUACAAGGAUUGUGGCAACCUCAGAAUGUAAAUCAGAUAAUCUGGAGAGUAGUAUAAAGGAUUCACUCAUUGAAUGUCUAAGGGAAGCUAAUUUAUCGCAAUCAAAGAUCGAUGUAUAUGAAUUACAGGAUCAAUUUACAUAUAUACCUCUGUUUAUUAGUAAAAUACUGAAUAUCGAUAUUUGCAGGAUCAAUUUGCAUGGAGGAUCUACUGCUAUUGGGUUUUGCCCGGGGGCUUCGGGUGCCAGGUUGGCAAUAUCUUUGACCAGUGUCUUAAAGUCCAGGGGCUUGAGGUACGGGUGUGCUGUGGCCAUUAAUAGACUGGGACAAGUGUCAACGCUUAUACUGGAAAAUCAAUCGUACAAUUAA